UUCAACAUUGUCUCUCAGUGUUCCUCUGGUUUUGGUUUUUGCUCAUGGCAUUGGUGGCACAGGUUGGUGAGCCUUUAGUCACCAGUUCUUUGGUAAGACUUCAGCCCAAACUGAUAAGGACAAAUAAUUUUGAUGUGUGCAAUAGUACUGAUCUUCCUGAAGUCGAAAUCAUCAGUCUGCUGGAGGAACAACUGCCCCAUUACAAGCUAAGAGCAGAUACAAUCUAUGGUUAUGACCACGACGACUGGCUCCACACUCCUCUCAUUUCUCCCGAUGCUAAUAUCGACCUAACAACUGAGCAGAUAGAAGAGACGCUGAAGUAUUUUCUUUUAUGUGCUGAGAGAGUGGGCCAGAUGACUAAAACAUACAAUGACAUAGAUGCUGUGACACGUCUUCUUGAGGAGAAAGAGCGGGAUUUAGAAUUAGCUGCUCGCAUUGGCCAGUCGUUGUUGAAGAAGAAUAAAACUCUGACGGAGAGGAAUGAACUGCUUGAAGAACAAGUAGAUCAUAUCAGGGAAGAGGUGUCUCAAUUGCGACAUGAAUUGUCUAUGAAGGAUGAACUGCUUCAGUUCUAUACCAGUGCUGCUGAAGAAAGUGAGCCUGAAUCUGUCUGCUCAACCCCGUUGAAAAGGAAUGAGUCUUCAUCCUCAGUACAGAAUUAUUUUCAUCUGGAUUCUCUUCAAAAGAAACUGAAAGACCUUGAAGAAGAGAAUGUUGUACUUCGAUCAGAGGCUUGCCAACUGAAGACUGAAACCAUCACAUACGAGGAAAAGGAACAACAGCUUGUUAAUGACUGUGUCAAAGAGCUGAGAGAUGCCAAUGUCCAGAUCGCCAGUAUCUCAGAAGAGUUGGCCAAGAAAACAGAGGACGCUUCCCGGCAACAAGAAGAAAUCACCCAUCUUCUUUCUCAAAUAGUCGACCUGCAGAAGAAAGCCAAGGCUUGUGCUGUUGAAAAUGAGGAACUCGUCCAACAUCUGGGGGCUGCUAAAGAUGCCCAGAGACAACUUACAGCGGAGUUGCGGGAGCUGGAGGACAAGUAUGCAGAGUGCAUGGAAAUGCUUCAUGAGGCGCAGGAAGAGCUGAAAAAUCUCCGCAAUAAAUCCAUGCCAAACACCAUUUCCCGACGUUACCACUCCCUAGGUCUCUUUCCCAUGGACUCCUUGGCUGCUGAGAUAGAAGGAUCGAUGCGAAAGGAGCUACAGAUGGAAGAACCUGAAUCUCCUGACAUAACCCAUCAGAAGCGUGUUUUUGAGGCUGUGAGGAACAUUAAUCAAGUAGUCAAGCAACGGUCCCUGACCCCAUCUCCCAUGAACAUCCCAGGCUCCAACCAGUCCUCAGCCAUGAACUCCAUCAUCUCUAGCUGUGUCAGCACACCAAGGUCCAGCCUCUAUGGGGGUGACAUCACCAAUAUCAUGAUUGACAAUAAGACCAACAGCAUCAUCCUGGAAACGGAGUCAUCAGAUACAGGAAAUGAGGACAAGAAUAAGAAGCCUGGGACUCCAGGGACUCCAGGCUCCCAUGACCUGGAGAUAGCCCUUCGGCGACUGUCACUUCGACGGGAGAAUUACCUUUCGGAAAGAAGGUUCUUUGAGGAAGAGCAGGAGAGGAAGCUAAGAGAAUUGGCAGAGAAGGGCGAGCUUCACAGUGGUUCCCUUACCCCGACUGAAAGCAUCAUGUCCCUUGGCACCCACUCAAGAUUCUCAGAGUUCACUGGAUUUUCGGGCAUGUCUUUCAGCAGCCGUUCAUACCUGCCGGAGAAACUCCAGAUUGUGAAACCCUUAGAAGGUUCUGCUACACUUCACCACUGGCAACAGUUGGCCCAGCCUCACCUUGGGGGCAUCCUGGACCCCCGGCCCGGUGUUGUCACCAAGGGCUUCCGGACCCUGGACGUUGACCUGGAUGAAGUGUACUGCCUUAACGAUUUUGAAGAAGAUGAGACAGGUGACAUUUCUUACAAGGGCCUUGCUACCUCCUUGCCAGUUCAGCACUCAGAGACCUCAGCCCAUCAUCCUGGGAAGUGUAUGUCACAGACCAACUCCACUUUCACCUUUACCACAUGCCGAAUCCUGCACCCCUCUGAUGAACUCACAAGAGUCACUCCAAGCCUUAACUCAGCACCGACUCCAGCUUGUGGCAAUUCUAGCAACUUGAAGUCCACCCCAGUGGGCACGCCGUGCACUCCCCGGCGACUGAGUCUGGCCGAGUCUUUCACCAACCUCCGGGAAUCCACGACCACGAUGAGCACAUCCCUGGGGCUGGUGUGGCUGCUGAAGGAAAGGGGCAUUUCAGCGGCCGUGUACAAUCCUCAGAGCUGGGACCGGGCCAGCAGGGGCGCCCUCUUGAACCCGUACUCCCCCAAGAUGGCUGUGAUCCCCUCGACCCCUCCGAAUUCACCUAUGCAGACGCCACUGUCUUCCCCGCCGCCCUUUGACUUCAAAUGUACCAGCCCUCCUUAUGACAACUUCUUGGCCUCUAAGCCAGCCAGCUCCAUCCUCAAGGAGGUUAGGGAGAAAAAGAACAUCAGGAACAGCGAGAGCCAGACCGAGGUGUCUGUCUCCAACCUCAAUCUGGUGGACAAAGUCAAGCGGUUUGGCAUAGCCAAGGUAGUGAAUUCAGGUCGCCCUCAUGCCCCCGCUUUGACGGAAGACCAGGGACCUCUUCUGUGUGGGCCCCAGGGGCCCCGGGCCCUCGUUCCUGAGGGCCUCCCCCUCGGCUGUCCUGUUGUCACGAGUGCCAUUGGUGGCCUUCAGCUGAACACUGGGAUUCGAAGGAACCGCAGCUUCCCCACCAUGGUGGGGUCCAGCAUGCAGAUGAAAGCCCCUGUGACUCUUACUUCGGGCAUCCUCAUGGGUGCCAAGCUCCCAAAACAGACGAGCUUGCGAUAAGAGGAAUUUGUUUCCUUUUUUUUUUUUAAAGAAAACAAAACAAAAACCAACAUUUUCCUUUAACCUCCCAGUCCUCCGACCUCCUUUUUCAUUCUGUUCCCCCCCCCCCUUCCUCUCUCUGUCUCUCUCAACCCCUCCUGAGUAGACAAAUCAACCUCGUGCCUAAUGGGAGAAGAGUGUAAACUUUGUAUAAUAUGUAAAUAUAUAUCAGAGACCUUGUAUCUAAUUUGAUUACUCUUCAGAUAUCAUAAGAAAUGGCCCAACGCUGCAAUUCCUGUAUUAUGGAUUUAACUUGCUGACCUUUGAUAGGUCCUUUUUUGCCCCCCUUUCCUUUAAAGAUGCACUGAAAACAGAAAACAGUUAUUAUCCUGUGGAUAGGAGAAAUGAAUCCUUUGGCUUGCUGAAUGUGAUUGUAGGCAUGGUAUAGUAGGGAUGGAAGACUUAUUGGGUGAUACCAAUCUUCUUUGUGUCUUCCUUCUGGGUAGAUUGACAUUUGGUCUCCUGGAUGAACUUAUCAUGAGCCUGGUCCUUUACUAUAUGCAAAACAAGCAGCCAACUUCAUAUUCAUGUUGGGACAUUUUGAUUUAGUUUGCUUUUGCCAAUGGUCCAGUUUUUUCAGAGCCCAUGGCUCCUCGACCUGGAUGAAAGGUUGUAUCUUUGGAGGGAAAUAUUUGCGAUCUUCCUUAUGUAGAAAACUUGAAAUCCAUUUCUGUAAUCCACAGGCAGCCCAAAAGUUUGGAAAGAAUGAGAAUGUAUGGAUUUUUAAAAACGCUUUUUUCCUUUAAAUACAUUUUUCAAAAUGCAGGCAAGACAUGGUGCUGGCUUAGGGGAGCAUCAUGCUGCCAUGUGCUCUUAUGGCACUGAAAAACACACGUCACAAGGUCAUUUUCAUCUUGCAUCAGGGAAAAAUGGCAACUGGUUUCUGGGAACCACAGCCUCUAAACAAAAACAGGCUAAUGAUCCGAGCCAAAGAUCCUUAAACCAGAGGGCCUAAAUGGGGGAAACGUUGGGGUGUUCUGGAGAAAAUAAUCUAUAGCGAGAAAAGGAAGACCCAUAGCAAAACUUGGCGACAGCACAAUGGUGUGUAGGAGAGAGGCUUUUGAAUUUUGAUCUUUAGGUUUCACUUGUAGAAAAUCAGACUAUUUAAAAAAAGCAGGGCUGGGGGAUUUUCAUAUGAUCCAUAGCCUUGUCUUUUCCACAGUAGCCACUUUUGAAAUCCAAACACUUGAGCAGCUCCAAGGUGCGACCACUUAAUGUCCAUGUGUUUUUCCUCUUCUCUUCAAAAGAGGGCAUUGUAUCAAUGUGAUUUUCUAGCCUACGGGCUGCUUUUGUUUUUGUUUUUGUUUUGUUCCCCAUUUUCUGUUUGCCUUUGUGUCUUAUGCUUGGGAAAAAAAGAUGGAAUCACUCUUGGAAAGAAAGAAAAAAAUGAACAAAAAGGUAGGUCCUCUGGAGUGUUGCAAAUGCAGAGUGAUUUGGGAGAGUAGCGACCUUAUUUAUAAACAAACACAUACACACGUACACACACGCAGGAGUAAAUAAUUAAGGUGAAAGUUAAACAUAUCUUCAAAAUACAGCAUUUCAGAAGCAUGAACCAAAAUUUCUGCUAACCGUAAGAUGAGCAAUCUUAGUAUUACAUGUUCCUACAUAGCAACAAGAGUAUAGUGUACUAUGCUCUUUCUAGGUAAGUAACGCCUACAAAAAUUACCUUUAUUAUUGACUCCCUAUUUGUGUGUAUGUUUCUGUACAUAAGUUUAUCUGGUUUUUAAAUAAAUCAUCUAGUCCCUUCCCUUUUCAUCACACCAAUUGUAUUUCUCUAAGAUGUUUCCAUCCAAGAAGAUGGAUAUUUAUUACAUUCAGUUACCACGGUCUAGGUCACAGCAUCGUUGCCAUUUCUUCCAGUCUCUUACUUGAAGGAUUAGUACUGAUGAUCUUUUGCGUAAAUGAUACUGUCAUCUUUGCUCCUCUGGUAAAAUGAGUUGUCUGUCCCAGAAGGGAGUCCACAGAGUGUCGUGGACACUCAGGAUGUUUUGAGAGAAAGCAUAUAAGCAAUUGCGGCUCAUGUUUUCAAACUCCUAUUUAUUCUCUAAACCUAAGACAUUUGAGUAAAAGUGUGUCCUCAGCUCAAUUUGCUCUUAAAUGUGUGCACUUACUGCAGAUAACUAUCUUUUUUUUUAUUUGAAUGUAUCUUAAAUCAGUAGCUAGAUAGGAUAACAACAGGAAAACCACAGACUGAAUGGACCAUUUUAUGUACCCAGAUCAAAUAACCAUACAUUACCAUAAGGGAAUUAAAAAUGUAAUAACGAAUCAUCCACUUGGGAGGCAUAACAGAAUUUAGCCUACAGAGUACAUUGUAGACAUUGUACAACCACUCUCAGAAGGUGUGUUGUAAAAUGCAUCAAAAGCAACAAUAAAAUUUUCUUAUCUAACGAGUAUCAAUAAAAUAAGCUCGAAUGAUC